UUUGGUCGACACCGACAGAACAAAUCCAAUCCAAAUUUGGUUGGGGAUAAACUUAUAAACCCUAAUUCUCUGAAGAAAGAUGAAAGGUUUAGUUUUUCCCGCUAAAAUUGCUAAUCUCAGCUUCCCUUCUGGCUGUUGCACACUAUUUUUCCGAUCACCCACGAAGUUUUUUUCGCCGGCAUUGCCUUACUCGAUAUCAUAUCCUUGUCGGAAGCUGACCGGAGGAAGAAGGGGUAUAGGAGGCUUGAUGUCUCAGUCUCUAUCGAAUCCAUUCUCCUCUCAACCGGAAUCAGAGUUACUUCAAGCUUUACCCUCUUCGAAGCCGAAAUCUCCGCCACCACAGCUGCCAUGGCUCAUUGUGGGUUUGGGUAAUCCAGGCAAGAAAUACCAGGGCACUCGCCACAAUGUUGGUUUUGAGAUGUUGGACGCUUUGGCUGAUGCAGAAGGGAUAUCUAUGAGCACCGUUAACUUCAAGGCCUUGUUUGGGAAAGGCGUUAUUGGAAACAUACCGAUUAUGCUGGCUAAACCUCAAACUUAUAUGAACCUAAGUGGUGAGUCUGUUGGACAAAUUGUUUCCUUUUACAAGAUCCCGCUAAAGCAAGUACUUGUGAUUUACGAUGACUUAGAUUUACCCUUUGGUAAACUGCGUUUAUUGCCAAAAGGUGGUCAUGGAGGGCACAAUGGGAUGAGAAGCAUUAUAGAUCGCCUCAAAGGGAGCAGAGAUUUUCCUCGUCUAAGAAUAGGUGACGUUCUUAUAUGUCUGCACUUUGACAUACCAGUUUCACAUUGUUUCUUUAGGUUUGUGCAAAUCGUUGUGAGUUAUGUUUUAGGGAUCGGGCGGCCUCCAGGGAAAAUGGAUACAGCCAACUUUGUUCUUCGCCAGUUCAAUAGACAAGAGCAGGAAGAGUUAGAUCAUACAUUCCAAACUGGGAUAGAAGCAAUAAGGAUUCUUUUGCUUGAAGGGAUCAACAAAAGUGCAACCUUUGUCAACACUCAGAAAUCUAUGGAGCAACUUAGCUAAAAAAAGACAUUGUUCCAUUACAUAUAACAACUGCAGAGUAUUCUUACCGAUUCAUUAUUAAUAUAUUUUUGUUCCAUUCA